AUGUCUGCGGCCACCCCAAAGCAGAAUAAAAUGUGUUACGUUCUCAUCGACGCUCCUCCCGCAGGUAACUGGAGGGACGAGUACAGCUUUCCAGUAAAGGAAGAAGAAAAAGAAGAUGACCCUUCCAUGUUAAUGUCAAUGUCGUCGUUACCUGAAGCCAAAAAGGUCAAAAGGGAACCAACGCCGUCACCCAAAGUCAACAAGAGAGCAAUGUCAGUACCUGAAGUCAACAAGGAAGCAAUGUCAGCACCUGAAAUCGACAAGGAAGUGCCCUAUCACCCUUCGUUCGACGAGGUCGAAAUAGAUAGCGCCGGCAACAUGAAGCUCGUCCGCGUGAGGAAGAGGCGCAAGCUCAAGGUUCCAGGCCCCACCCCCGAGGAGCUCGCUGCCCGCGAUGCUAGUAGUGACACUCUUCUUUUAUCUACACGCCUCAACUUCACCGCUCACACGAGCUGUGCUGAAAUCAACAGCUGGCUUGCUCACAUGAACAACAAGUAUCUCGAUUGGCACAUCCACACCCGCCUCGUCACCUACACGGACCGCCAACGCAAACUCAACGAGCUUUCGCGCAUCGCCCGCGGCCCCCUCCCACAGGUCUUCAAAGACGCCGAAAAGCACGACUGGAGCCUCCCCUCAUGCCUCAGCAGCGCGCUCUACAGCGUCCGCACCACCGGCACCAUCUUGAUGUUCCGCGCACCAAUCUGGAACCCCGUGCAGCUGCGUGAGCGCAUGGUCGCCUUCCACACCUACGUGGUCAUCUACAAGAACCGCACAAUCGUCAUCGCCGACCCGGGCUACCAGCGGGAGGCACAGAACGUCGUUGACGGCGUGGCCAAGAGGUGGCGCGAGAGCGAGCUCACGUAUGGGUUGGGGCUUGCGGCGAAGUUUAUGGCGAUGGUGAGGAAGAAGUUUAGGGUGGAGAAGUCCUGGUAUGGGAAGGGAUCCAAGUUGCGCUAUGAUGAUACCAAUGGGAAUGUCUUGUCGCAGGAUUUCAUUCUGCAGUAUUUGGGGAGGGCCGGGGAGGAUAUUGAUUGGGAGAAUGAGGGGUUUGUCGAGAUUAUACCUUAA